AUGUUCCUAGUAAUCCCCAACAGCUUCAAAAUCACAAGUCUCCUGCCGUAUGCCUGCUACCUGGUAAAAGUCAGUGCCACCAGCCCAGCUGGUCGUGGAGAGCCCUCGUCCAUUCUCUACAUCAUGACUUACGCUGGAGUUCCCCAGGUGCACAACACAGUGGUGGAGCCAUCGCUAUCACACUACAGUCCUCGCAGUGUACUUCUCGAAUGGACCAUCCACCCUGACAUCCUCUCCACCUCUUACGCCUCCACCUGGGUUAACGUAUCUUCUGCGGCGUCCGGCCCCAAGCCAAAGGAGGUGACAGGUAGUCCAGUGGAGGUGGGGGAACUGGAGCCAAACACCCACUACAACAUCUCCUUGACUGUCAAAUUUGAGGGUGGAGGUUUUGGGCCUCCUGUACUACUGAUGACUACCACACCCGAGGACGCUGAGCAUGCACCUAUUGCCAAGUCCCUCUACACUCUCUACAUGAAUCCUCCAUACUGCAGCGUGUGGAGAACUGGUUCAUUCGUGGUAGGACAGAGCGAACUAGAGAGUUCAGUUGUGAUGUUGCCACUGUCUCUCCUCUCCCUCCUCUCGUGCCUGGCUCUGCUCGGCUCUGCUGCUGACGACCUGGGCUCGGGCUCUGGCUCUGGCUCUGCCGCAGCUCCCAGCUCCCCGCCCAGAAACCUCGAGGUCUCCAUGGUCACUGCCACUACAGCUCUGGUCUCCUGGGAUCCUCCUCUCUCUCCAAACGGCGUCGUCGUCUCUUACAACAUCUCCUACCAGCCUUCUGAUGGCAGUCUAAAUUCUGUGGAUAUGGCAGUUGGAGGAGGCAUAGAAAGCCAGGUCCUCACUGACCUCCGCCCGUUCACCUUCUACAACGUCUCAGUGUUGGCAAGUACAGGAGAAGGGGCCGGACCUACAAACAACACACAGUUCUUAACCGAACAAACCGCUCCACAAGCUCCAAACAUUUUGCAGCAUUUUCCGGUCAGUAGCACGGCUCUGUGGUUGUCAUGGCAACUGGAGGGGAGAGUCCCAGGAAUUCUCUCCGGCUUCAAUGUAACGUACACAACUGACAGCCUGGCAACAAACAGGUUCAUGGAACUUGGUCCCAGCAAUGAGUCAGUUGUGUUGGAGGGUCUGGAGGUGUGGACGCAGUACGAGGUGUGUGUCGUGGCGUCCACAGUUGGAGGAGGUCCAGGGAACUCAUCUUGUGUUACUCUCCGCACGCUGUCGGCAGGUCAGUCUCUCUCUCUCCUGUGCCUCAGACAGCAGGAAGAUUACUGUCUCCCCCCCGCAGCUCCAGAGGUGGCAGUGAGGAAUGUCUCCCUCGUCCCGCUCUGUCCCCCCUCUCUGAUGGUGGUGUGGGCACCCGUGGAGCCCUCUCUACUCAAUGGACCUGCAGAGGAGAGUGUGUAUGUGAUAUUCUGGCAGGAGAGAGAAGGACGGGGGAAUGGUAGGGCGGAGGUGGACUACAGCGACACCACAACUAGUGGACUGGUGACUGGUCUGAAUGUAGACACUGCCUACUCUGUGUCAGUGGCUCUGGCUAACAACAAUGGCUCUGGUCCAAACAGUACAGCGGUGGAGGAGGAAAACCCCUCCCUCUGGAGUGAAGUGACUCUGGACCUGGUCAGAACCUUUCUGCUGGUGUCAUGGCAACCUCCAAGCCCCUCCCCCUCUUUCCUCUCUUUCAACUUCACUCUCACCAUCUCCUCUGCCAACGGAGACGAAAUUCACUCUACACACGACACCUCCAUCACCAUCGCAGAUCUCAUUCCUGGUACCAACUAUGAUGUGACCAUCAGAACCGAUGGAGGGUGUGGCUCCGGAGAACCUGUAGCCAUGACAACCACAACACUUGAAGCUCUGCCAGGUCCACCAGUGAUCUCCAUAGCAACAGUAUCCGCCUCCUCAGUUGCCAUCCAGUUGAAGGAACCUUUGAUGCCAAACGGUGUCAUUACAGGCUUUAUGGUGGAGUGUGCUGGAAGUGGGGAAGUGAGUGUGGCUGAGUCAUACUACAUCUGCUCAGGACUGGAGGCGGACUCGGCUGUCUCUGUGAGAGUGAGGGCAGUCAAUGGAGCUGGUCUCGGUGACCUGGCUACCAUCAACACCUCCACUGCCUGCCAGAGUGAGGAGCCUAAGGUUGAGGAGACGGCAGCUCAGUCGGUGACAGUCCAGAUCAGCGAAGGUUGCUACGCUGAGACAGGAGUUCUAGUAGUGGUACAGGAGGUUGGGGGAGAGCCACGCCCCCUGGGGUCUUACUCCGUGGAGGAACUGGUGGAGUUGACCUUGGAGUACUCCAGCGGACGACAGAAGAGGCAGGCAACAGGUGUCUACAUUGCUGCCAACAUCUCCAGAGGUAUGAGGUCUUUGUUUGAGCUGGGGGAUGGGAUGAAAUAUGGCGGCUACACAAACCACCCUCUUAUGUCAGACACCAAGUACAGAGUGGGUGUGGUGAGCAUGUCGGACACUGCCAGUCAGCCAGACACCAUUGUCACCUCUCCUGACUUCACUACACGUAAGGCUGUAGGGAGCACACAACCCACUCAGACUGAUGAGACGGGGUUUCCCGUGGUGGUGGCUGCGGCAGUCGGCGGUGGCCUCCUCUUUCUCCUCCUCCUCACUAUCACCAUCAUCAUUGCCAUAGCAACCCUCAUCUGCUGCUACCGCAGUAGGCGAGGGAACCUAACUUUGGACAUGCAGGGGAAAGGCUCCACCCACAGCUUCGAGAGGAGUGCGUCUGUGCGUCUCUCUGGUCGUCGUGGUAACAAGCCGGCAGACCCGGUGGAGGAGUACAGAGCAAACUACCACACAGAGGCCCUCGAAGCCCAUCCUCCAGUUCCUGUGGACGGCUUCGUCAACAAACUCCUGGUCAUGAAGACCAACGACAACCAACUGUUUCUGGGGGAGUUUGGUUCUAUUGAGAUGAACCCCCAGCAGCCGUGCUCUGUGGCUGAACUGCCAGUGAACAGAGGGAAGAACCGCUACCACAACAUCUUGCCUUAUGACCACUCUCGAGUGAAGCUAUCACACGGCAAAGGCCACGGGGACUACAUCAAUGCCAGCUACUGCUCCGGUUUCAUGAAAGUGCAAGGAUUCAUUGCAACCCAAGGUCCCCUGCCAGAGACUGUCCCUGACUUCUGGAGACUGGUGUGGGAACAGAACGCACGUACCGUUGUGAUGCUGACAAACGCUCAGGAGAGACUGAAGACUAAAUGUGAGGUGUACUGGCCCCGAGAGGUCGGCUGCUCAGUGGUGUACGGAGCCAUUGAAGUAACUCUGACUGACUUUACUCAACUGGCCGACUAUACCAUCAGAUCUCUCACCAUCAACAAGGCAGGGUCAGGGAAGGAAGGUAGAGAGAUAAAACAGUUCCACUUCACGUCGUGGCCCGACCACGGAGUGCCCCAGUUUGCCACGGCGAUGUUGGCGAUGGUCCGCAGAGUGAUGGCUUUCCACUCGUGUGAGACGGGGCCGAUGGUGGUGCACUGCAGUGCAGGAGUGGGAAGAACAGGAACAUUCAUUGUCAUAUACAGUAUGAUAGAGAGAAUGAAGGCCAACAGGAGAACGGUCGACGUAUAUGGUCACGUGAGUUUGUUACGAACACAGAGGAACUACAUGGUCCAGACCGAGGAUCAGUACUUCUUCAUCUACGAGGCAGUGGCGGAGGUCAUUGUGUGUGGAGACACUGAAGUGACUCUUGAUCAGUUGGAGGAGUAUGUCAACGACAUUCUUGCCGCCAAGAAUAGAUACGUCAACGUCCUACCAUAUGAGAGCAGAAGAGUCAUUCUGCAGUACCAGAGAGCUCAGGAAGGCUCGGACUACAUCAAUGCCAGUUUCAUUGAUGGCUACUACUACCGCAAUGCCUUCAUAGCCACCCAGGGUCCUCUGCAGAACACGCUGGCCGACUUCUGGAGAAUGGUGUGGGAGCACAAUGUACCAGUCAUCGUCAUGCUCACCAAGUGCAAGGAGAAAGGAACUGUGAGUGUCAUGCCUGCUUCUGGUGGAGCUGAGAUACCUUCUCCCCUCCUUCAGGAGAGGAGUGCUAAGUACUGGCCUGCAGACAUAGGCCAGAGUCUCAGCUGUGGACUGUACUCGGUGGAGAUGACUCUGGAGAGGAGGUCAGAGCACUACACCUACCGAGACAUUGUCCUGGUUGAUACUCAGACUGGGAGAAGGAGGCAAGUCCGCCAUUUCCACUACCUCUCCUGGCCAGAGGUGGGUGUGCCUUCCUCCUCCGUGACGCUCCUGGACUUCCUGAGAGAGGUUCAGAAGAACUUUGCAACUCUCAACACAAGAUCUCCCAUCACUGUCCACUGCAGCAAUGGUAUUGGACGUACUGGAGUGUUCAUUGCUCUACACAUUCUGCUGGAACGAAUGGUGACCGAGGGACUGGUGGAUGUGUUCCAAACCAUCAAGAACCUCCGUAUUCAGAGACCAGCUAUGGUCCAGACACUAGAGCAGUACCAGUUCUGCUACACAGCAGCCCUGGACUACCUGGAGACCUCUGACCUGGCAAACCAGCUCCGCACCAGCACUCGCAGCGAGUCCCACUCUCUCAGAGCUGCCUCAAACGCAAGUGAACUCCGGUCAUCGCGACGAUCCCUCAACCGCAAUGAUUCUCUGCGUUCGUCGGCCAAGAGAUCGUCCCGUAACCUGGAAAUAUCUCAAGUGGGGAAUGGAGUCAGCACCACAGUCUACGGAGACAGCGAAGCCACCAGCACCUUCAGCUCCACCCAACAAAACCUGAGUGUGGCCAAAAGAGCGUCUCAGGAAGACCCAUUCCAGAGAGUUCCUCAGGGAAAUGGAGGGGAGGGUGUGCCCUCAGCCUCUCCCCUCCCUCCCUCUUUAUCUUCCACGCCGCAGCUCCUGCCCAACCUGUCACAGAGCUCCCAGGAUCACCCCACCCUUCCUCCCUCCUCUCUCCUUCACAGCAACACCCUUCCCUCAAGAGGAGGGUCCUCAAGUCUCCUGCAGACCCACGUGGCUGCUGGCUCUGCCUCGGCAUCGCAGAGCAGUCUGGGCUACUCCGGAGUAACGGCUUACCCCGUCUCCAGUUUCCGGGGGAGAGACUCCGGGGGUCAGAUGUCUUCUCAAACAAGCCUCGAGCGAGAGAUUGCAGCUCUGACUAUGAACAUCAAUAACUCUAAUAGCAAUGAUACCAGUCGUGUUGUGAAUGUGUACAUAGAGCCCUAAGCCAAUUUUUGUACUCAUCAACUCCCACCUUUUUUCAUGCGAAUUCAUAAUAAUUUUUUUGUGUAUUAUUCCACAAGUAUGCGUUCAAAAUGUAUUUGAAGUAAGGGCUAGUAUUUGCCGUAGUACGGAACCCGUUGGGGCUGCAAUCACUUCAAAUAUGAACUAAGUUUUAACGCUACCAAAGCCACUCUUAGAAAUUGCAAUAGCUGCUCAAUCGUGCCACUUCCACUCUUGGC